CAAGAAAUAGAGAGUAGUCAAUCACUCAUGGAUAGUUCUAUGCUGCCAAAAGAUAGCAGAGGUCUCGCGCAACAGAAAUGCUUGCCACCGUCUAUACUGAAAAUCUCAACCUCAGAUCUGGCAUGUGAAGGAAACAACACUCAGAAAAAGACGGUAAAAUUUCAUAUCCCAUUCAAGGAAACCGUGCAGAGCAAACCAGAACAACAAGAAACAGUUGAUGGAGACAUGAAAAAGCCACCUAUACUGGAAACGAAUUCGAUCGAGGCGAUACCGCAUGCAGGUUUUGAUGUUGAUAUGACAGAUAUUUUUGAAGAAAGUCAGGGUGUAGAUACUGAGGCAACUCAAAAUAUUGACGAAGCAUUUAGUGGAGAUUCUCUUCGGACAAGUAACAUUGUAACAUCGUCAUUUCUACAACGUGAAAGCGGGAAGAACCCAGUAUUGAUUCCCCCUUCAUUGCCUACAAAUAAAAUCUCCGUAAUUCAAACUCGUGUACCCAAACAAGUACAUACCGAUGAUAAUAUGGAAGUUGACUGUCCCUCUUUGGAAUCAUGGAUGUCAAGCGCAGAUAAGACGCCCUUCAUGUCCAAAACUCAAACUGCUCUUCAGUCUCAUACAAGGGUUACCAUGCCGAUUCAGAAAGCGAACCAACUGUCUACAAAGCCGCCUUACAGUGCGGCACAGUACAACCAUAACAGCGAAGCUUUGGAAAAGCCCAAUUUAAUGUCUUUACUGAGCCGCACUCCAAAAGCUAUUGUCACUGUUCCAAUAACGGUAUCGCAGAAAGCAUUUCAGCAAGAAACCACCAUUCCCGCAUUUCAUUCUGAGUUGCCUACCAGCAGCGCUGAAUUGAUGGAUGUACCGGAAAUGAUGAGAAAGGAAAUCAUUCGACCCGGACGUGAUGUUCUGCAAUAUAAGGGACAGGUCAGAGUAUACAAGGCUUCUCUGCUGCAGAACGGUAGUCUCCAAGGUGCUGGCGGUGAAGUAUUUCCCAGUCCAAUGAACUGGUUGAAAGCUAUCACUGGACAAAAGCAAGCACCAAGUCGACAAAAAUCGUAUAAAUUGGUUUCAUACAACGGAAAAAAUUUAAUCGAUAUAUGUCAAUCUGCUGGUGGGGAUUGUACAUUUCAACCUUUGGAGGCAAAACGCACGAACACAAUAAGCCGAAUCGUGUCUUCUAUAUCAACAAACAAAAGCCCUCAAGCAGCUCUGCCAGUUAGAAACAGUCAAGUUUUUAACCAAGAAUCUUCAAACGUCCGGGAAUGGUUACAGCCAGAUACAUUCAUGAAUACCUCCAGCGAAGUCAUUUCUGUAAUUAAAAACACAUCGCUUGGACAAAGUCUACAAAAACCACUGAAAAUACAAAAAGUAUUGCUCGUGCAAGACGAAGAGUUGUUUCCGAUUAGAAGAAUAUUUCCCCAUAAUACUUGGGAAAACUUGGACGAGGCUAUUCCAAACAAUCUAAACGAAUUUUUCGUAUGGUGACUGCUUUAUUAAUUUCUGCCAAGUUUCGAUUUCAACUCGAUGACAAUUUCUUUUUGUCAAUGGCAGCUUGAUUUAUUAUCGCGUUAAACGUUUUUUGUUGUUGGUCUAACAUGAAACUAUUGUGCAUAAACCAUGUUGCAGUGAUGGGAGUUAAAAUUUUGAUAACAGGUUGUCUUUUGUAUCGAGCCCGCCAACAAUAUGUUUUUCCAUUUCA